AUGUUCAAUGUCUUCUCAGUCAUCCUCAUCACAGGUGUGGUCACGGCAGGCAUGGUCAUUACGGGCUGGAUCAAGAAGAAAUCAGAAUAUGAUGCGCCUCCACUUAGCAACGCUGGGCAGGAUGUUGUGGUGCAUCUGCCCGAAGACGGGGUGACCUUGGAUGGCCGUGAGAGCACCGAUGACCACGCCAUCAUGCAGUAUGAGUGGACGCUGCUGCAGGGAGCCUCCUCUGUGGACAUGAAGGUGCCUCUCGCGGGGACGCUGAAGCUGUCCCACUUACGAGAAGGAACAUACAUCUUCCAGCUGACCGUGACCGACACCGCGGGCCAGAGAAGCUCUGACAACGUCUCGGUGACUGUGCUCCCCCCGGCCGAGGCCCCCGGAGGAUGCUUGAAGGUUUGCUCGCGCUACCACUUCUUCUGUGAUGAUGGCUGUUGCAUUGACAUCACCCUGGCCUGCGAUGGAGUGGAGCAAUGUCCUGACGGGUCUGAUGAAGCCUUCUGCCAAAACCUUAACCUUGACCGCAAAACAAUGACUCACACAGCAGUGAGCCCUGCCCAGCUGGGAAACGUAGGACUGAGUGAAGGCACAGGGGGCCACUCCUUGUUGGAAAUGAACCAGAAAGCCAUGGCCCCAAGCCAGCCAGCUGCCGUUUCAAACACAGAGAAGAGGAAUCAUUCCACCUCUCGGGGACCAGAGAGUCAAGGCCAUCCUGUUUUACCAGAUCGUCAUUCUUCAGGAAACAACAAAAAAGAGGAAACUUUUCUUUUUGAGUCAAAGAAAGAUCGAGGAGGAGCCGAACACCCAGCCCCAGAAGCAGGUGCGGUGCUGCCCCUGGCGCUCGGCCUGGCCAUCACCGCUCUGCUGCUGCUCAUGGUUGCUUGCCGACUACGACUGGUCAAACAGAAACUUAAAAAAGUGCGUCCCAUAACAUCUGAGGAAUCGGACUACCUCAUCAACGGGAUGUAUCUGUAA